AUGACCUCUAUGGGGGAUAAACUUCAACCAGAAGUAAGGGAGCAAAUUCAUCGUCGCCUUAUGACGACAUUGGAAGAAACCCACUACUUGGAGAACACUAAUCCCCAUGCUCUGGUUCCCCCCGGUCGCCCUGGGUUGGCAUCCCUCCUAGAAGAAGUGGGGGACCCCGAAUCAUGGCCCAACAGUCCUCCUGGGACUUCAAAUUUCUAUAUUCUCGGAUGCAUCGGAGCUCUUGCAUUGGGUGGAUUCUUUUGGUGGCUGAGGAGGCGUCGAUUGAAACAUGCCGCAGACAAGAAUUUCAUAAAGAAUGGGGGAGUUGAGCUACAGGAACGCAUUGCUUUAAUGGGAGGAAGAAAGAGCCUACGAAUGUUUUCUGAAACAGAGUUAAAAAUAGCUUCCAAUAAUUACUCAACAGAGUUAGGAAGAGGCGGAUUUGCAACCGUGUACAAGGGAGUUCUCUCGGACGGCAAUUCAGUCGCAAUCAAAAAGCCCAAAACAUUUUCCCCGGAGUUCACCAAUGAAAUUGUGAUUUUAUCCCACACCAAUCACAGAAACGUAGUGAAAUUGAUCGGUUGUUGCCUUCGUACUGAACUUCCAUUGCUUGUAUAUGAAUUUGUGCCAAAUGGAACACUCUUUCAACGCUUACAGUCUCCAGAGAAGAACUUUCCUUGGGAAAGAAGGCGACAGAUUGCCAUAGAGACUGCAGAGGGUAUAGCAUACAUGCAUCGUGGAUCCUCUCAGCCCAUUUUCCAUCGUGACAUAAAAUCCUCAAACAUUUUGCUAGAUGACACAUUCACACCAAAAGUAGCCGACUUUGGUAUUUCUCGUCUGCGCCCUUCUGAUGAAACACAUCUGAGUACCAUGUUUCCAUCUGGCACUCCAGGUUAUGUCGACCCAGAGUUUGUGAGGAGCAACCAGUAUACAGACAAGAGUGAUGUUUACAGCUUCGGUGUAGUUUUGAUAGAGCUUCUCACUGGUCUACGGCCUGUGUUGUCUGUACAAGGAUCUAUGUGCGCUUUGUAUGACCAUUUCCUCUCCACAAUUAAUGACAAAUGCCUCUCAGAAAUUUUAGAUACUAAUGCAGUGAAGGAGGAAAAUCGAGGGCAGAUGGAGAAAAUGGCGAUGUUAGCAAAAGCAUGUUUGCAAGUGAAAGCAAAAGAAAGGCCAUCAAUGAGAGAGGUGGUGGAGGAACUUGCCUGGAUUAGAGCUAGUACAAAACAAUCGGGACUUUGCAGGGAUGCAAGUUUUGUGGAGCACACGAGACUUAAUCAUGCUUUGGAAACCACUGAAAAUUACACUUGUCCACCUAUUACAGUAAUUUCUUCAGGACGUUGAAUCAGA